UCAUUCAUAUAUAUAUAUAUUGUCACUUGUUUGUUCAAUUCUUGUUUCAAAAUUUGGAAAAAUAAUCAAUGGGAAGAUCUCCUUGCUGUGAGAAGGCUCAUACAAAUAAAGGGGCAUGGACCAAGGAAGAAGAUGAUCGUCUCAUAGCCUAUAUUAGAGCCCAUGGUGAGGGCUGCUGGCGCUCCCUCCCCAAAGCCGCCGGCCUCCUCCGCUGCGGUAAGAGCUGUCGGUUGCGGUGGAUCAACUAUCUCCGCCCCGACCUUAAACGCGGAAAUUUCACUGAAGAAGAGGACGAGAUCAUCAUCAAACUCCAUAGCCUUCUUGGAAAUAGAUGGUCUCUAAUAGCUGUAAGAUUACCGGGAAGAACUGAUAACGAGAUAAAGAACUACUGGAACACCCACAUAAAACGAAAGCUCUUGAGCCGAGGGAUCGACCCGGCGACUCACCGGCCGAUUACAAACCCAUAUCGGUCAAAAUCUCCGGCGACUGCCACCGUAGAAGAUCUUGAAGAUAGAAAGAACAACCAAAUUAUGAUCAAUUAUGCUCCGGCAGAUUAUCAAGAACGGUGCCCGGACUUGAAUCUCGACCUCAGAAUCAGCCCGCCGGCGGCGGCGGCGAAGGGAGGGAGAAGCAGUCUUUGCUUCUUUUGCAGUUUGGGGCUGCAGAAUAGUAAAGAUUGCAGCUGUGGAAAUGGUAAAACUUCGAGUGAGAGCAAAAAUAAUAACAACAAAAAUGGGUAUGAUUUUUUGGGAUUGAAAAGUUGUGUAUUGGAUUGUAGAAGUUUGGAGAUUAAAUGACACUUUUGGAAAGUGUUUUUUUUUUCUUUCUUUGAUUUAUUUAUAAUAAUAUAUAUAUGUAGUGAAGAUAAAUCAGAAAUGAAA